AGUUGGAUCCAGUCUGACCAACAUAAAUACAAACAGUUUGUUGCGUUCAGGAUCGGAGAAAUACUGGAGUUGACACGAGCGACGGAUUGGCGAUGGGUUCCAACGAAGCAGAAUAUGGCGGACGUCCUGACGAAAUGGCAUCGAGGUAACGAUCUGGAAAGCGAUGGGGUAUGGUUCACGGGUGCACCGUUCCUGCACCAGCCCAAAGACCAGUGGCCGACUAUGGAGGUGACGAUCGAAGAGACGUACGAGGAAGCCAGGGGCCACGUGACAUUCCAUGGCGUGGUUGAAGUAGACCGAUGCUCGAGAUGGACAACGCUGCAAAGGGUGAUGGCGUGUGCGGUCAGGUUCAUCGACAAUUGCAAACGCAAGGUAGCAGGGCUGCCGAUAGUCACCUUGAAGGCAACAGAUAACCAGCAACAUCAAAUCCUGGUACCGAUGCAAUCGAUGCAACGUCCGCUCGAGAGAGAUGAGUUUCGAACUGCGCAGAUCAUCCUGUGGAAGCAAGCACAGUUCGAAGGAUUCCCAGAUGAGAUGAGCAUCCUCACCAAGAAUCUGGAACAACAACCAGAUGUAGUAAUGGAAACGGUGAAGAAGAGCAGUUGCCUGUACAAAUUGACUCCGAUUCUGGACAAAGAAGGUGUGCUGCGGUUGGGUGGUAGAAUGGAUAUGUCCGUCGACAUGCCUUUCGACAAAAGGUGUCCAAUAAUUCUGCCAAGAAAGCACGCGACGACGGAGAAGCUGAUCCAGUUCUACCACGAGAAGUAUGGACACGCCAAUCGAGAGACAGUGAUGAACGAGCUUCGCCAAAGGUUCUGGAUUCCGAACACCCGAGCUGCAAUCCGUCAAGUGAUGAGCAAUUGCGUUCUGCACACAACACUAGCUGAAGCAGAGGACAUGAUUAACGCCCGGCCGCUAACGUACAUACCGCAGGAAUCAGCUGAGGAAGAAGCGAUUACCCCGAACCAUUUCCUUCGUGGGUCGGUGACAAGUGCGGAUUUGGUGGUCCAGCCAGUGGACAUUGCGGAGGCUCUACGAGAUACUUACAAGCGUUCUCAAUACCUGGCGAACCGAAUGUGGGAAAGAUGGUGCAAGGAAUACUUGCCGACAAUCAACAGACGGACGAAGUGGUUCGAGGAGCAGAAGCCGCUACAGGUGAACGACCUGGUCUUCAUAGUGGAUGGAAAAACCCGGAAAAGCUGGAUCCGAGGGAUCGUGGAAGAGAUACUCCGAGGACCAGACGGAAGAGUGAGGCAAGCGAUAGUGCGGACGGCUAGAGGAGUCUACCGGCGUGCUGUAGCGAACUUAGCGGUGAUGGAGGUCUGAAAGUAAAUCCGGGAUUUCCGGAGGAACUACCGGAUGUUACGGGCUGGGGUAU